GGCGUCCAAAGCGUUACCGGCGACAUAAAAACGCAUAGUUAUUGUUGAGUUGUAGAUAAGAGUAUAAGACAAGGGAGGAAACUGGAAAAUGCACUUGGUGUUUCAAGUUUAGACACGAACUUGUGAGGUCACAACUGAAAUGGAGUAAGCUGAGCUUAGCUCAGUCAUUUUCCUGUUGAAGCUAAUUAUAAUUGAUUUAAAUACCAAGGUACAUAACAUUAGCUCUUUCAAUUUAACAUGGGGACAUUAUAUGAAUGCCUCAGAGAGGCCAAACUUGAAAGGUACUACCCCUCAUUCCGUUCACAUGGAAUAACAAAGUCAGAAGCAUUGACCAGAUUGACUGUGAACGAUUGCCCAGCUUUCGGAAUAACUUCAGCGGAAGACAAAAGACGGCUGGUAGAACUUAUCAGUAUCGUAAAGGCUGUUCAUAAUACAGAGAGGGACAAUUAUCUCUCUGGCCCCUCAGCCAUUAAUAGAUCAGUACAAAAUGUGAAAAACAAGUCUGCUAGAAAAAGAAACAGAAGCCCAGCCCAGACCCCUUUGCAGGUAGCUGGGAAGUCAUUUUCAGCCACAAAUGAUGUUCGUAUUCGAGACCGGUCGCAUACCUCGGCCAGCAGUCACCAGUUGUCAGCUGCUGGAGCCUCUGGCCUGCACUUCGACUCUGAUGAUGAGUCUACAGACUCCUCCACUGCUGAGUCAGAGGAGCACUCAGACUAUGAGCCAGCUGUGAAACACAGCGUGACCACAUCUGUUAGGGAACUUCCUGGUAAAGUGAGAAAAGUCCCUGUAGAAAAAGUCAAACAUGGAGCUGGAUAUAAUUAUGGAGUCCCUGGAGGAAGUAGUACAACUGCUCGUCCAAAGUCAAGGCCAGGUUCAAGCAGGCUGAAUGUUGACCGUAUUAAGGUUUGUGUUCGUAAGCGUCCCCUGAGCAAGCGGGAGGUACGGUCUGGGGAGGAGGACAUGGUCCACGCUGGCAGCACAACCACCAUUGUGGUCUCUGAGCCCAAACAGGCUGUGGAUCUCACAGCCUACACCCUCAAACAUGAGUUCAUAUUUGAUGAAGUGUUUGACGAGAAGUGCUCCAACGAGGAUGUCUACAUUAGGGCAGCCAGACCGCUUAUAAGCUGUGUGUUUGAUGGAGGUAGUGCCACAUGUUUUGCAUACGGACAGACAGGAGCUGGGAAGACCCACACAAUGAUUGGUGGACGCGAUGUGCCGGGCCUCUACCUGCUGGCGGCCCAUGACAUCUUCUCCAUUGUUGAGAGCGGCCAGUAUGGCACAGGUAUCAAGGUCUGGGUCAGCUUCUUUGAAAUCUAUUGUGGACAGCUGUUUGACCUCCUCAACAAGAGAAACAGGUUGCAUGCACGGGAAGAUGGCUCUAAUCAUGUGUGUAUAGCAGGUCUUACUGAGACAGAGGCCACAGAUGAACAGUCUCUCAUGCAGGUGCUCGAGUAUGGUAAUUCUGUUCGCAGCAAGGGUACCAGUGGUGUGAACCCUGACUCAUCACGCUCUCACGCCAUCCUGCAAAUGGAGAUACGUGACUCUACUGAUAGGAGACUUGGCAGAAUUUCGUUUAUUGACCUGGCUGGGAGUGAGCGAGCUUCAGACUCAGGGGAUCCAGACAAACAGACGCGCAUGGAGGGAGCAGAAAUCAACCAGAGUCUUCUUGCACUGAAGGAAUGUAUCCGGUCAAUUGACCAGGAGAGCCGUCACAAGCCAUUCAGACAGAGCAAGCUGACACACAUCCUCAAGGACUCGUUCAUAGGGAAUUCACGCACUUGCAUGAUUGCAAACAUAUCUCCAGGCAGCACGUCGUGUGAACACACUCUCAACACCCUCAGAUACGCUGACAGGGUAAAGGAAUUGCGUCGUUCCAGCCAGGGCAGCCAGCAGGCAUCCUCAACACGGGGAAGCACUAACGUGGCUAUGUCCAACAUCCUGAUGAAUAUCCCAGCCUCAGCCCCCUCCAUCUUCCAGCCCUCAAACAUCCUCUGCUCCUCCACACCCAUGAGACAGAGCACCAAGCAGUUCACUAACCGUAACUCAAAUGCUGAUCUCCACCUUGACCCCAGUGAAACCCCUUUAAGAGGCCCUGGGGCGCGAAGGAAGACAGCCACUGUUGCUGGGAGGAGUGAAACACGCGCAUCCAGUUCUGGGGCUAGGGCAAGCUCUGCAAGUGCUGUGCCCAGUGCCUCUGUGUCAAAGUCAAGUAAUAAAGCUCCAAUAACAAGACAUUUUGCUCCAAAUCUUGUCUCCAAGCAAAACAUGUCUUCAAACAGUGAGUCUGAUCAGACAGACACAGACUCUUGUAACGUGACAGGACCUCAGAAACCCGUGGCUCAAACGAGUGCAUUCCAGCAAAUGAAAAACUUUGAUGUGAAGUCAUUUAGUACAAAGACUGAUAAUCAUGGAAAGAAAAUAAUCACACCUAGUCGUAACAUCCCUCCCGUGAUAAAGUCCUCAGACACAGACAAUGACUUUCCAACCACUGAUUUCAACAAUGAAGAAGAGAUGAAUGAUUUAAACCGCACAGAUGGGAAGAGUGCUGUAGCUGCCAGCACACCAGUGUUCCCUGUGGGAGUUGGUAGGAAACCGGCCCCAACACUCGGUCAGCCCAGCUACCAGGGGGAAGUCCAAAACACUCCCACCACUCAGCCCAGAAUGUCGGCUGUUUCUGCCAGUGUCCCAGUAUUAAGAAAGAAAGUGUACAAUGAUGGUUCAAAUAAUACUCCGGCAGGUUUACAUGAUGACAGUGGUGAAGUGACUCUUCAGGAAUAUGAUGCAAAUAAAUCGAGACCAUCUUAUGGUAAUCAAAAACAAAAUGGUUUACAAAGAACUGAUGAUUCCAUCAAAGCAAAAAAUGCUGCCUCCGGAUCAAAAACUAAAGAUAUAGAGAAACAGAAGUCUGAAGUCACACGACCUCAGAUAAGGAUACCAUCAUCUUUAUCCGACACUAUAGAAGAUGACUUACUGUUUGAUGCUCCGUCAAUGGACCAGCGUAACUGGACACCGAGGACCCCUAGUGAGAACUCCGGAACUCAGCCCCGUAUUCCCCAGGACCCAUCUCUCCAGCCAGAAAUCCCAGCCGUGCUUCCAGCCAAGAGCACUGAGCUCACAACGUUCUCCCAGUCCCCACGCUGGCACCUCAACAAAAACCAGAACCCUGUCACCCCUCCCCAGCCCCAGCAGGGAUUCCGUCCUGAUCCUGUCAGAACCAUCCCCAAGACCAACAGUGAGAGAAAUGAUGGUAGUGUUAGGCCUUCAAGUGCAAAGGACAAUAGUAGUGGGAAAACUCCUUUCCAUGUGGUUCCAAAACAGAAAAGUAGUUACUUUCCUAACAGUUCUAAUACUGCGGUUAGUAGUGGAAGGUCUGAGGCAAAACAGCAGCCAUGCCUUAAUAUUCAGCAGGCAGAGGCUGGCAAGGAACCCAUAAGUGCUAACUGGUUUGAUACCCCAGCUGACUUUGAAACCCAUUUGGCAAAAUUUUCUGGUCAGAGACACUUUAACUCAAGUGAUGUUAGUGAUGCUGACAGUCUCUCACAGCAUAGUGACAAGACUCCAGUAAGAAGUGAGAGGAGUAACCGAGUGACCACAGCUAGAGAUGAUGAGUACAUGCACUUGCCUAGAAACUUGGACAAAAAUCAGUCUAGCCACAGUGAUAGUGGCAUUGUAUCUGUGGCCUCAGAUAGUGCUCUACACAGCAGGGCCACUCAACACAGGCCCUUGACUAAACAAGAGAAAGAAACGACAAAUUACCAAAACUCUGAUUUUUCGCAGCCUGGUUACUUCAGUGACCAAGCUGGUAGAAAUGUGUUCCAGUCUGUGAAAUCACGUGUAGUACAUUCUCCAGUGAACACACGACAGACAAACAACAGUUCUCCUGUGAUAAAGGACUAUGUGUCUCAUUCUCCGGUGCCAGGUCAGGACAGUUAUUGUAGAGACAAACGUGACCGAACUCUGUCAGACUCUGCUAUUGAUGCAGCGGCAGGUAAUGGUGCAUUGACAACAGAGAAACUGCAGGCAGGGGCAUGCUUCUCCCCAAUCCACCCCCAGCCUCUCACCACCAACAAGCAGACCAAGGCCACUGCCGUCCUCAGCAAGGACAUUGUACAUCCAACCCCAGUGAGCCGCCAUUCCUCUGCCAGUGACAGGCCUGGGUCACAGAAAAGUGACAGUGAUAGCAGUGAGACACUCGACCUCAAAUCUCAGCUGAUCAGUUCCCACGAGGAUCAACUGGCGACAGUGACCUCCCUUUGUAAACAGGAGAUGAAACUGUUGCUGGGAGCCAAGGCUGGAAAUAAGUCAUUUGGUGACUACAUGGAGAAAGUUAGUGAGGUGUUAACUGAGAAGAUGGCCGCCAUUCAGCUGCUACAAGACCAGAUCAUGGCCUACCAGCUCAGCACACAAGAUGCCAGUCUGUAGGAGCAAGAU